AUGUCGAAACGUGACAUCGUCCUUACCAAUGUCACCGUUGUCCAGCUGCUGCGACAGCCAUGCCGGGUGACCAGAGCACCACCCCCGCCGGAGCCCAAGGUUGAAGCCAAGCCAGAGCCCCAGCCUGAAGCCGAGCCAGAGCCCCAGCCUGAAGCCGAGCCAGAGCCCCAGCCUGAGCCAGAGCCUGAGCCAGUCAAGGAGGAACCCCCACCUCCUCAACCUAAGAAGGCUUCUGUGGUUCAGAAGCUGACAGUGGGCAUCAAUGGAUUCGGACGCAUCGGUCGCCUGGUGCUCCGCGCCUGCAUGGAGAAGGAUGUGAAGGUGGUGGCGGUGAACGAUCCGUUCAUUGACCCGGAAUAUAUGGUGUACAUGUUUAAAUAUGACUCCACCCAUGGCCAGUACAAGGGGAGUGUGGAGUACAGGAAUGGAAAGCUGGUGGUAGACAAGCAGGAGAUCAGCGUCUUCCAGUGCAUGCAGCCCCGAGACAUUCCCUGGAAGUCCGUCGGGAACCCCUUUGUGGUGGAGUCCACAGGCAUGUACCUGUCCUUAGAGGAAGCUUCAGACCACAUCGACGCAGGUGCCACACGUGUGGUCAUCUCUGCACCCUCACCCAAUGCGCCCAUAUUUGUCAUGGGGGUAAAUGAGAAGGACUAUGAUCCUGGCUCCAUGAAAGUUGUCAGCAAUGCCUCCUGCACCACCAACUGCCUGGCCCCCCUUGCCAAGGUCAUCCAUGAGCAAUUCGGGAUCGUGGAAGGGCUGAUGACCACAGUUCAUUCCUACACUGCCACCCAGAAGACGGUGGACGGGCCAUCAAAGAAGUCCUGGCGAGAUGGACGGGGUGCCCAUCAGAACAUCAUCCCAGCCUCCACAGGGGCUGCCAAGGCUGUAGGCAAAGUCAUCCCAGACCUCAAAGGGAAGCUGACAGGAAUGGCAUUCCGGGUGCCAACCCCAGAUGUAUCUGUUGUGGACCUGACUUGCCGCCUGGCCCAGCCUACCUCGUAUGAGGCCAUCAAAGACGCCAUAAAAGCAGCAGCCAAGGGGCCUAUGGUGGGCAUCCUUGCCUACACUGAGGAUGAGGUCGUCUCCACCGACUUUGUGGGCAACACCCACUCGUCCAUCUUCGAUGCUAAGGCCGGCAUCGCGCUCAACGACAACUUCGUGAAGCUAAUUUCCUGGUACGACAACGAAUACGGGUACAGCCACCGGGUGGUGGAUCUCCUCCGCUAUAUGUUCAGCCGCAACAAGUGAAGCAGGAUGGCCCUUCCUCCGCUUCCCCGGGUUCCGGACCCUGGAACCCUUACCUCCCGUUCCCGCUCUCGCCUCCCCGGGGGAAGGAGGGCGCCCCGCUGUAGAAAUAAAAACGCAGUGUG